CUGCCUGGCCCGCACCUCGGCGGAGCGCAGGGCCAGUGUGUCUGUGCAGCCGGGAGUGCGUGUGCGACCCCGCGGGCUUUCCCUGCAGGGUGCUGUUCCUGAGCCCGAGGAGCAGGACCCGCUCCUCUGGGCCUGGCCGGGGGCCCAGGUGGCUGCAGAGCUGCUCACGCCUCCGGGGGACGCUGCCAAGGGCCGCCAUGGAGACCCCUGCCCCGAAGCCCCCGGAGACAGCUCUGUCCUCUCGGGACCUUGUUCUUCUCAAAGAUAAUCCAGAGGAUAAAUGGGGUCAGGGUCUCCUGGAAGCCAGGUCUGAGGAAUCGGUGACUUUCAGGGAUGUGGCCGUAGACUUCACCCAGGAGGAGUGGGGGCAGCUGGACUCUCCUCAGAGGGCCCUGUACCGGGACGUGAUGCUGGAGAACUACCAGAACCUUCUCGCCCUGGCAGGGCCUCCGGUCUGUAAGCCAGAAGUGAUCUCCCAUCUGGAACGAGGCGAAGAGCCAUGGCAGGUGCCCAGAGAAGUCCCAGGAGGGGCUCGUCCAGAGCGGGAGCCCCGGCCUGAGGUGAAGGAGCAGUGUCAGCAGCAGGGUAGCCACAAGGAAGAGCCAGCACAGGAGUCGGUGGUGGAGGGGCCGCUGAGGUCCUGUCUCCACAGCCUCGGCCCAGGCGAUGGGUGGGCCUGGGAGGGCCCCGCGGCUGCUCUGUCGAGAGGUGAGGCUGUGCUCUGGAGGUGCGGGCCCCCCGGCUGUGGGGAGAGUUCCACAGAGGAGCAGCGGCAGGGACACGGGGCGUCUGCGGGGGCUUUGCCCCUCGGGUGCCCCCUCUCCACCCAGCAGAGCACAGGGACUCUCAUUCCUGCAGAGCGAGGGUCUCCUCACAGACGCACCGAGAAUCGCCAGUCCCGGGAGGCUGUCUCCCAGCACCCGAGGCUGUCACCCGGCACGGGGAGAAACGGCUGCCAGGCCAGUGAACACAGGAAGCCCCCCGCCCACAGGCCUCCGAGCGCGGGGGCCGGGGAGGGUCUCUUCGCGUGUGGCCAGUGCGGGAAGGCCUUCCACCAGAGCUCGUCCCUCAGCCUGCACCAGCGCUGGCACGCCCGGGAGAAGGCCUACAGGUGUAGCGAGUGCGGCAAGGCCUUCACCUGGAGGACCAACCUCCUGGAGCACCAGAGGAUCCACACCGGGGAGAAGCCCUUCCUGUGCGGCGAGUGCGGGAAGGCCUUCAGCUGCCACUCGUCGCUGAACGUGCACCACCGGACGCACACCGGCGAGCGGCCCUACAAGUGCACGGGCUGCGAGAAGGCCUUCAGCUGCAGCUCGCUGCUCAGCAUGCACCGCAGGGUGCACACCGGGGAGAAGCCCUACAAGUGCGGCGAGUGCGGGAAGGCCUUCAACCAGAGGACGCACCUGACCCGGCACCACCGGAUCCACACGGGGGAGAAGCCGUACAAGUGCGGCGAGUGCGGGAAGGCCUUCACGUGCCACUCAUCCCUGACCGUGCACGAGAAAAUCCACAACGGCGACAAGCCCUUCAAAUGCAGCGACUGCGCGAAGGCCUUCAACAACCGCUCGCGCCUCACCCUCCACCAGAGGAUCCACACGGGCGAGAAGCCCUUCAAGUGCGGGGACUGCGGAAAGGGCUUCAUCUGCCACUCCUACCUGGUCGUGCACCAGCGGAUCCACAGCGGGGAGAAGCCCUUCAAGUGCAACGAGUGUGGCAAAGCCUUCAGCUCCCACUCCUACCUCAUCGUGCACCAGCGGGUCCACACGGGCGAGAAGCCGUUCGACUGCAGUCGGUGCUGGAAGGCCUUCAGCUGCCAGUCGUCCCUCAUCGUGCACCAGCGGAUCCACACGGGCGAGAAGCCCUAUAAGUGCGGCCAGUGCGGCCGGGCCUUCAGCCAGAAUCACUGUCUCAUUAAACAUCAGAAAACCCACUCUGGGGAGAAGCCGUUUAAAUGUAACGAAUGUGGCGAAGCGUUCAGCUGGAGCACCCACCUUGCUGAGCACCAGAGGACACACCGCGAAGACAAGCCCUUUGCCAUCCAGCUCAACAAGCAUCUGCUGAGCACGUACUGUGUUCCCAGCGGCCUGCUGGGUGCCGGCGGCGUGGGUGUGAGUGGCUUGGACCCCGUAAACUCACUGGACGUGGCAGAGCUCCUGUGUGUGGUUCAGCCCUCCGCCAGCAGGAACUUGCCCCUGGGCAGCAAACCUGGGAAGUAACAUGGUGUGCUUGUCACCUGGCCGCUUCCCCGGGGAACGGGGAGCACGGGGACUCCUGUAUGUGCCGCAGCAGACCCCUCCCAGGAGCGGCCUCCCUCCCGGAGAAGGGAUGCCCUGUGGGAGUGGGGUCGAUGUCCCGGGGUCCUGCUUCCUCUGAUGGGUUUGGGAGUCACUGACCGGGGAUUAGAUCUUUCCUGCAGAUAAAAGGUCUGUCAAUCAUGUCCUCAGGCUCCUGGCAUGACUUAGAUCAAGAAUUUCAUCUGUGGACUGUUAUAUUCAGAAUAAUAGGAAGAAUUUUUUAAGCCAGAAUUAUGAACAGUAGUGCCUCCAAGCAAACAUUAUUGUAUUGCUGGCGAGGAGGAUACUCUUAGAGGCGGGAGUCUGGGGAAAAGCGGGUUUCCUGGACUCACCUCACAAGUGGCUCCACCGCAGAGUCCUUCGUUAGAGGCCGCACCCACGUCCCCGAAGCACAGUCAGCAUCAGACGUGCCGGACCUGCAGCUGGGCACCGGGUCCACGGUGGCAGGCGGAGCCCAGUGGUCCGGGGAGGAUGGGUGCAGUGUCCUGAUAGAUGUGCCUAGAAGCGCACCUUCCCCCCAGGCUGGGGCUGCCUGCGGGGCCUCCCCUCACACCACGAGGCUCAGCUCAUCAGUGCCACCCCGAGGGAGAAGCCCCUCCCCGGAGACCAUCCCCACGUUCCCUGCAGGGACAGGAGGACGGGGUUCAUCUGGAAUUAACGUUCUUUCUACUCAGUUCUCAGCAAGUACAAGAGGCCUUCUCUGUGACAAUACUUGACAUUUGUAUAGAGCACUCUAGUUUAUGAAAUGCUUUUUCUAACUUAUGGAGGCAAGAUAACCACAUUUCAGAGAAUGUGGAAUAAAUGAGAGAAAACACCCAUAAUUCUUAAUAAAGCUGCAUUUCGCACUUUGAUACAUUA